AUGAGCGACGUAAAGAAGGUGGUUGUUGUGGGUGAUGGUGCGGUGGGCAAGACGUGCUUGUUGAUGGCCUACAGCGGGAAGCCCUUCGACCCGGUGUACGCCCCAACCAUAUUCGAGAAUUACAUAACCGAGGUCGACAUCGGCACCAAAGUCAUCAAACUCUCCCUUUGGGACACAGCCGGUCAGGAGGAGUACGACCGGAUUCGUAUCAUGAGGUCUUAUGUGAAUGUGCACUGCUUCGUGGUGUGCUUUUCCGUGGUGGAUUCCAUCACCUACAAGAACAUCAAGGAGCGCUGGAUUCCCGAACUCAAGCACUACAGCCCGGGCACGCCGCUCGUGUUGGUGGGCACCAAGGAAGAUCUGCGGGGCACCGUGGGUCAGCUGGACGACGGGCGAGAGGAGGUGUCCUAUGAAAAGGGCAAGGAGCUGCGAGACGAGAUCAAGGCCCUCGCCUAUCUCGAAUGCUCCGCCAUCACCAAGAACGGAAUCAAGGCCGUGUUCGAUACUGCGGUGCGAGUCUGUGAAGGGCUGAUUCGAGGUCCCUCCAAGCCCAAGAGCGACAAGAAGUGCAUCCUCCUCUAA